UUCUGGUGGGAGUGUGUGCGUUCGGGUUUUCCUCCGAUUAAUUGUAGUCAGUGUUUUCCUCUCGUUUUCACUAAACGGACCCUUUGUGCUGAUUUCGUCUUGCAAGCUGUGUCCUUUCGAAAAACGACACAUAAGGCAAUGUACCUGUGCGUCACAAUGGCCGCAGCGGUCGUCAAGGAAUCCUUGAGGAGGACCCCAAAAUUGCUCAGAAAGCAGGCUGCAGACAGGUUCGCUUUACACAUUAUCAAGAAAGCUCUGCCGUGCAUCGAGGUUGGACUAGACAGGGAUAUGGAAGACCAGGACUAUCGCUAUAAAAUCCACAUGCUAAGUCUGCUCAGGCAAAUGAAGGACUGGUACUGGCAAGAAGCAGAUUUCCUGGGCCACAUAAGAUCAAAGAACAGAAUGAGCAUCUCUAACUCUCUCAUGGAUGUUCUGGACUGGAAGAAGACCUACAGACGGAUUCCGAUGAUGCAUAGGUUCAUCAUACAACUGAUGUUCUGCUGUGAAGUGGGCACUAUCGACAGGUGGCAAGAGAUGAUCAUUCAGUUCAGGGAUUGCCAGGCAAUGCAUAUUUUACUAAGGGCAAUGGGAAAACUCUACUUCACCAAAUUCAGCGAUACAUGUUUGAAGUUGAUGGACCCCUCGUUACUGGCACUGAUAUUUGACCUUGCUUCGGAACUGACGAUGAUUCACCUUCAGUGCAACCUUAACAUCCCUGUUAUCGAAGCCAUAAAGGAAAGGAGGCAGAGUCUGGACACCCUGAUGAUAGACGUGGAAGGAAUGUACAUCAGCAGCUUCAUGUCGCUGGAAGGCCCACUUUACAGGUUAUUUUUCAGAAACAAAAGUAAAGAGGACGUGACGGAAUGUUUGAAUAACAGCGAGGAUGCCCCCAGAACAUUCGGGAACUUGAGAGAAAUCGCUUUCAGAUUCGACAUUUGUCCUCGGCAGGUGUUGCAGUUGGUAUUUUGCCUUCACCAUUACUACCCCGGGGUCAAGGUCAAACUUACCUCUUUAGUGUCAUUACCAUACGACUCCAUGCAGAAGAAAAGACCUUUCAUUUCUCCUUCUCUCAUGGUUGUCAAAUCCGACGACAGUAAGAAAGUUUACUCAUAUUGUAAGGAAGAAUAUUGCGCAGAAUUUUCUGGCGAGUAUAACAAUUCGUUUGUUUGUUCUGCUGAGGGUAUACAACCUCAGCUUAACCUUUAGUGAAGCACUGGCCGAAAUACGGAAAGGUAUGAUGUCUUCCCCUCAAGUCACCACAGUUAACUUUAUGUACCACGAAAGAAUUUUGAUGUUUAUCUCGCCAACGUUAAGUGAUGUGGCAGAAACGUUGACUGAACUGCACGUUUACGGACUCUUGGAAACAGCCGAGGACAAACGCACAUUUUCUCAGGGCCUCGGCAGAUGCAAGAAUUUGAGGGAACUGACCCUUUUGAUGAAGCUGACGAGCAGCCCGGAGAUGAAACUGACAGAGAUGCCGAAAUUGAGGGUCCUUUCAAUCGGCUUUGCAAAGUUCUCGCCUUUGAGCUUGUUCGGAGUAGCGCCAGACCUUUGGAUCCCCGUUGAUGAGUUUAUCGAGAAGUUCUUGUUAAUGAUGGUAGAAGCAGCAAGAUCCCUGGAAUUUCUUCACAUCCCAGGAAAGAACAACCUUUCGAUAUUAGCCGAAACGGAAUGUUUCCAGAAGCUGAAGACUCUGAGUAUUGCUGAAGGGACGCUAGAGAACCUCAGGCGUAGCUUAAGAAAGUUGCCGGCCCUGUCCACAGUUGUGGUAGGUUCUGAGUUUGGCUACAAGAAGUACUUGAUACUGAAGAAGCAGUACAAGUGUACAGAUCUCAAAGUGGUUUACAAAAAAGAGAGGCUAGUUAUCCCGUAUACCUGAUGGGUGUUGUUGUUUGUGGCUUCGUGUUAGACGUUAUGGCUUAGUAGAAUAUAUUACUAAGCAAAAUCUUCUUGUGCUAGUGUGUGCAGUAGCAAGUUUUACCGUAAAAAUUCUUUUUGUGGAAUUUUAACAUUUUAUUACGGCAGUCUACUGACACGGAGUGCCUAUUGUUAAUUAAAUUGUAUAUUGCAUUUUUAUGUAUAUUUUGUUUAGAAAGCGACCAAAUCGAGCUAUGUCAAGUUUUGACUAAGUUUUACCUCUUGAUGGUUCUCGUGCAGGUGCUUUUUUUAUGUCGAGAACCAUUUUAAAUACCAAAUAUAUUUUAUAACAGUGAGCGGGAUUGGAACAAAAAAACAAUGGCGAGGUUUUGAAGUAAAAACUUCAAGGAAACCGGUAAAAUUAGCGUCUGAUAUACUGUGGUGACUUUUUUUAAUGAUUUAUGGGGGUAUAUCGGCUGAUGUUAAGGACUGUCGUAUAGAUAGUUCAUGAAUUGUUGUAAAGUUCACUGAAGUAUUCUUCAUCUCGUUCUUCCUUCCAGCAAAUUUUUCAAAACUUUAUUUUAAAGCUAGGAUUUAGGCUUUUUUUCAAAAAUGUUGAAAUUAGUCAUUUUACUCUUCUCUGAAUAUUGGUGUUUAUUUUAUGCUAGGUUACUUGUUUCAAGUAGAAUGUGAGAUUACUGUCAGUUCAUUUUAACCAAAAACUGUAUUGCUUGAAAUUUAUGUUACAGUUCUUAACUGUAGAUGAUAAACUAGAUUUAUCCAUUUUUACUUGAAUCUUUGCAUUUUUACUGAACAGCUGUGUGCGUGAAGAGUGUUGCAUUAUAUUAGAUUUUUCACUCCAAAUUC